GGAGGAGACCACCACGUGCAGCCCCAGGGAGGAGACCAUGGUGUGGCUUCAGGCCCUCUUCCUCCGUGAGCCCCUGGCCAGUGAGGGGGAGACGGUCUGCAGCCAGAGGCGUCUGUGGGUCUGGAGGCCCCGCGUGGUCUCUAGUUGGAGCUUCCACAGCAAAUGUACAGCUGUGUGGGAGGAGAGAGGUCACCAGGAUGGGAGAAGGUGCCACCCCCGUGUGUGCAGGCACGAGCCACCUUCUGGGGGAGAUGGCAGGGCUGGAAAAGGCCCAGUAGGUCCCCUCUGUUCUCUCCAGAAAUGAGGGUGGGAUCGGCUCCCGGCAACCCUGUUACUCUGUCUUGCGGGAAUCAGGGCUCGGCCUGCAGUCAGUUGGGGCCACAGCAUCCUGCUGGCCCAUCACCCCAAGAAGGCUGAUCAGGUGACACACUAACAUGUCACCCAGGCUGUUUCCUUGUCCCUGGGGCUCCGGGCUGUGCUCCGGGGGACAGUGGGGUAUGGGGCACCCUGGUGCCCGUUCUGCCAGCCUCUGCUCACGAGGGCCUGGAGGCAUCUUACCACCCUCGCUCCAGACCCAAGUGGUGGUAGGCUGGGCAGUGUGUGCAAGGCCCAGCUGCCAGCUGGGUCCCCGGGCCCUGGGGACAUCUGUGGGUGCCUGCUUGGGGCGGGACAGGAGGAUCUGUCCCCUGAGGACACAGCCACCCACCUGGCGUUCUUUCCCCCUAAGAGCUCACUGCUGCCCUGUGGACGCCUCCCCCCAGCGUGUCUGCUGUUUGCUCAGCCAUGCCCUCCCCCGGGAGCUCCCCAGCCCCCGCCAGAGCACCCCCAGGGGCUUGGUGCUGCCCACACGGGCUGCCUGUUCCCGGGCCUGUGUGCUGUCUGCUCUGCUAACAGGAUGGGUCACCUGUGGGGUCCAGGGCCCAGUCCUUCCUGCCCCAGAGGGUCCCGGGGCAGGUGCCAGGGCUGUCGGCCGCUGUCCUUCUCUGUCCCUGGAAGCGCGGUGGGAGCGCAGAGCAGACGCCCCACUCUGCCGCUUUGUGCCCAGGAUGCGGGCAGCUCUCUUUGGAUCCCGCCCCGCCGUUGUCUCUUGGUCGAUGGUUUAAAUGGCGCCUGCUCUCUGCGCUGCUUGGACGAUCUGGUUUUGUUCUUGCUGCUGGGCUGCGGUGAAGGGCCCGGAGAGGACAGGGUUAGCUCCGCGGGGCUGGAGCAGCUCCGCAUCUGUGCCACGAGGCGGUGACUCCCCCUGGCCCAGCAUGUGCGGCUCUCAGCGUCCUGCCCUGCCCCCCACCGGGCUGGCAGAAGGGGGCCCCUCGGGGUGGGGGAAGGGCUCGGGAUCACAUGACGCCUGGGCAGGGCAGCCAGCUGCUCCCUCUGCCAGCGAGGCCCAUGGCUCACUGCAGAGCCGCUAUUUAGACCCGCUCAGGGAUGGCGAGGCCUCCCAUUGGUUGGCCUGGCCAGGAAGCGCUUCUGUCCAGCAGGCCUUGAUGGGGCCCCGCUGGGAGCCAGGUGCUGUGUGUGCUCCCACGGGGUUCGAGUCCCGUGCCCACAGUCAGGCAGGUCCAGCACGGGAACUCUAUCAGGACACUGUCUGGCUCCAGGCUGGACCAGAGGUGGCUGGAAUCCCCCGGAGAGGGACGGGCCUUUCCAGGGCGGGCAGCAGCCUUUGCGAGAGGCAGUCGAGGACCCCUGAGGAGAGGUAGGGGUGGGUGGACAGGGCCCUGGUCUCACAGGUGGAUGGCAGGCCCCUGACAUCACCCAUCACCGCGGCCUCUUCUAGGCCGGGGAAGGAUGGGUGACCCAGGGGAGGAAAGUGCGCAUCUGCUUCAGUUCUGCCUCAGGAGGAGGAGCUUCUCCUCCUCGAUGGAAGGGCUGGACCUCCCCAAGCGUGGGCUCUGGAGAUGAGGGACCUCUACCUGCGGGUUCCCUGCUGACUUCCAAGAAAUGCCUGGCUGUGUCUCCGGAGAAGGCGAAGUGUCAGGAGCCCCUGUGUGAUUGCACUGGCUUUCCUGUUGGUACAAUGCCCAGAGUGGGAGGGCGGCCUUGGGUCAGAGGAAGUAGAUUUCCGGAGGAUGGCUCCCAGGCCUCCCAGAGCCCUUGAGGCAGGAGGUCCAGGCCCAUCCCGCUCCCUAGCCCCUGACCCCAGGGGUGCUGAUGUCCGGGGGUACAGCCCACAGGACACUGAGCACCUGGCUCCUACCCAGGGGCCCAGCUUAGGCCAAGGGAUUUAGGGAAAGGCUGUCGGUGGGGCCCAGGCUGAGUCAGCACUUCCACUGGGCCUUCUGUGAGCUCCACACCCACCCUGAGCUGGGGCAGUGACCCGUGAUCCUAGCUGCUGGCAUUGACCAUGUGAAUGAUGGCGCUUUGCCAGCUAGCACCUCCCCCCUCCUCCCUAAACUCUCAGAGGUCUGUCUCUUUACUCCUAGGCCCCCCUCCCCACUGCAAGCUCACCCCAUCCCUGGACAGGGGCAGUGGGAGAGGGGGUGGAGAACCCCAGGGCAGCAACGACUGAGUGACCUUGACCAGGCCUUGAUGCAGCCCCCGGGCCAGCCUGCCCAGCAGGAGGGAUCACUGCCUUUUAAAACAAGGGUCUUCCUGCCCGGGGUCUAGGAAGCAGCCAGAUGACACCCCCCACCCCAAACUUCCUGGCCUAGCCAAAGUCCCGUGGUUUUGGAGUUCUGUGGAACCCCAGGCAUCAGCCCGGAUGCCAGCACUGUCAUCAUUCACAUGCUGUCCCCAUGCACGUGAUGACGAACAGGGAACUGGGAACUCCUCUGUUGCCCAAGAAGGCACAAGACUGAAUGAGCAGAAAGGGAAGGAAGUGGCCGUGGCUGUGGCUGUCGAGGAUGCCCGCACCUGCCCCAGACCCGGGAGGCUGACUCCAGGGCUGGAGCAGCUGUUGCAGGUGCCGUCUGGGCACAUGAGGAGCUCCACGCAGGAGAUUGGCGAGGAGCUGGUCAACGGUGUCAUCUACUCCAUCUCCCUGCGCAAGGUUCAGGUGCACCACGGCGCCAACAAGGGCCAGCGCUGGCUCGGGUAUGAAAAUGACUCGGCCCUGAACCUGUAUGAGACCUGCAAGGUGCGGACCGUGAAGGCAGGCACGCUGGAGAAGCUGGUGGAGCACCUGGUGCCCGCCUUCCAGGGCAGCGACCUCUCCUAUGUCACCAUCUUCCUGUGCACCUACCGAGCCUUCACCACCACCCAGCGGGUCCUGGACCUGCUGUUCCAAAGCAGGUACGGUAGAUGUGACGCCCUCACGGCCUCCUCUAGAUACGGGUGCAUCCUCCCUUAUUCCAGCGAGGACGGCGGACCUCAGGACCAACUGAAAAAUGCCGUCUCCUCCAUCCUGGGCACCUGGCUGGACCAGUACUCCGAGGACUUCUGUCAGCCCCCGGACUUCCCGUGCCUCAAGCAGCUGGUGGCCUACGUGCAGCUCAACAUGCCUGGCUCCGACCUGGAGCGCCGCGCCCACCUUCUCCUGGCCCAGCUGGAGCGCACAGAGCUCACCAAGGCAGAGCCGGAGGCUCUGGCUCCAGCUCUGAAGCCAACUGCAGCCCUCGAGCCAGUGCCGGCUCCAGCUCUAGCACCCAGGCCGGUGCCAGGUCCAGACCUCGAGCCAGCUCUGGGACCAGCACCAGCUCCAGCCCCAGAGCCUUCCUGGCCUUCGCCCGUGGCUGCAGAGAACGGGUUGGGUGAGGAGAAGCCUCACCUCCUGGCGUUCCCGCCCGACCUGGUGGCAGAGCAGUUCACGCUGAUGGACGCGGAGCUGUUCAAGAAGGUGGUGCCCUACCACUGCCUGGGCUCCAUCUGGUCUCAGCGGGACAAGAGGGGCAAGGAACACCUGGCUCCCACCGUCCGUGCCACCGUCGCCCAGUUCAACAGUGUGGCCAACUGCGUCAUCACCACCUGCCUCGGGGACCGGAGCGUGACGGCCCGCGCCAGGGCCCGGGUGUUGGAGCACUGGAUCGAGGUGGCCCGGGAGUGCCGGGUCCUCAAGAACUUUUCGUCCCUCUACGCCAUCCUCUCGGCUCUGCAGAGCAACUCCAUCCACCGGCUGAAGAAGACGUGGGAAGAAGUUUCCAGGGACAGCCUCCGCAUCUUUCAGAAGCUGUCGGAGAUUUUCUCAGAUGAGAACAACUACUCCCUAAGCAGAGAGCUGCUCAUCAAGGAGGGGACCUCCAAGUUUGCCACCCUGGAGAUGAACCCCAAGAGAGCCCAGAGGCGGCCGAAGGAGGUGUUGUCACAGGGUGUCAUCCAGGGCACCGUCCCCUACCUGGGCACGUUCCUCACAGACCUGGUGAUGCUGGACACUGCAAUGAAGGACUAUCUGUAUGGGAGACUGAUCAACUUCGAGAAGAGGAGGAAGGAGUUCGAAGUGAUCGCCCAGAUCAAGCUGCUCCAAUCGGCCUGCAACAAUUACAGCAUCGCAGCCGAAGAGCACUUUGGGGCCUGGUUCCGGGCUAUGGAGCGGCUCAGCGAGGCUGACAGCUACUCCUUGUCGUGUGAGCUAGAGCCCCCUUCCGAGUCGGCCAGCAACACCCUCAAGGUCAAGAAGAGCACGGCCAUCGUCAAGCGCUGGAGCGACCGCCAGGCCCCCAGCACGGAGCUCAGUACCGGCAGCAGCUACCACUCCAAGUCCUGUGACCAGCUCAGGUGCGGCCCCUACCUCAGCAGCGGGGACAUUGCCGACGCACUGAGUGUCCACUCGGCCGGCUCCUCCAGCUCCGAUGUGGAGGAGAUCACCAUGAGCUUUGUCCCAGAGUCCCCUGACGGCCAGGAGAAGAAGUUCUGGGAGUGCACCUCCCAGUCGUCCCCAGAGACCUCCGGCAUCAGCUCGGCCUCCAGUAGCACCUCGUCCUCCUCAGCCUCCACCACGCCCGUGGCCACCACGCGCACCCACAAGCGCUCCGUGUCAGGGGUCUGCAGCUACAGCUCCUCCCUGCCCCUCUACAACCAGCAGGUGGGCGACUGCUGCAUCAUCCGGGUGAGCCUGGACGUGGACAACGGCAACAUGUACAAGAGCAUCCUGGUGACCAGCCAAGACAAGGCUCCAGCUGUAAUCCGCAAAGCCAUGGACAAACACAACCUGGAUGAGGAUGAGCCAGAAGACUACGAGCUGGUGCAGGUUAUUUCGGACGAUCGAAAGCUGAAGAUCCCUGACAACGCCAACGUGUUCUACGCCAUGAACUCUACUGCCAACUAUGACUUUGUCCUAAAGAAACGGACCUUCACCAAGGGGGCAAAGGUCAGGCAUGGAGCCAGCUCUACCCUCCCGCGCAUGAAACAGAAGGGACUCAAGAUUGCCAAGGGCAUCUUCUAACUUGUCCCUAGCUGGCCAGCCACAGAGCUGCCCUUUCCAGGGUCUAGCUGGCUGGGCAACUAAGCACUUACAGACUACAGUGGCUCAGGCCAGGUGGGCACCUGUGCCCAAGCUGCCAGCCCAGGCCACCCCCAGACUCCAGUUUCACCCUGAACCUCUCCUGCUGCCGGGAUUGAUGCCUGCCAGUCGAUGGGCUGACCUGGCCUCCCGUGGACCACUCGCUGCCUUAGGUGCCUUCUGCUCUCUGGAACCAGAGGACUAGCUGACUUUUGCCAAGGAGCGCUGCCAAUGGGCACGGAGCCCUGCAUGCCGCCGGGCACUGCCCCUCCGUACACUUCCCUCACACCUUCCCAGGUGUGGGCCACUGCCACCUGUGCCCAUGGGCACCCCAGGGCACUACUCAUCCACCGGGUCUGACCACUGCAGUUCUCUCCUCCCACCAUUGUGGCCUUCCUCAGGCUGCACCAAAGAUUCCAUCAUCAGGGCCAACUGAAAGUGAGGGAGUCUCGCCCACUGCCCACUCCAGCCCUCCCCUGGCAGAGGAGAGAGACACCCCCUUCACGGACCACACUCUUAACCGGUGAGUGAGGACGGUCUCGGCCAAGUCCCACUGAUGUCAGAUUUCAUGACACUGCAAGUGCCAUCCACCACUGUAUCCUGGGCUUUACGAGACCACACGAGACGGGGAUUGGUGGGAAAGGAGGGUUUCGGGGGGAGGGGAGGGGGAUUGAAUAUUUGUAUAAAAGGUGAAAAAAAAUGUUUACCAGUUGGGGAGGGGCAAUAUUUAUUUGUUGUAAAUAGCAAAUGCUAGACUUGAAUAUUAUAUUAAAACCCUGUUUCUACUAUAGCCUGGGAGUUGUGGUAUUGUUCUUUCAUUGCCUGUGCUCAUUGAAGUGAGAUAUAGACUCUCACAUUCCAUGUUCAAAUAGGAAAUCUUGCAGGGUUAUUGGUUUAUUUUACACAGGAAAUAAAGAAGGGCAGGAAAAGCAAGAAGGGCCAGCCGCCCUUCUCUGGCUCACUUAAGGAAACAGAGAAGUCCACCUUUCACAGAGCAGAUGUUCACUUCAGUAUCAUUAAACUGGGCCAUGAGCUGAGACAGCCCCUCAGAACCCCUGAUAUUUGAAUUUGGAAGUGCUUUCACACGGCAUAGC